AUGGCGAUGUUCGCAAAGUCAAAAAAUAUAGUAUCUUUGGUCCGAGAAUUAAAACCCCGUAAAGAUACGUCCCGUAUUGAAGUUAGGAUUAUUCGGUUGUGGAAGAACUACAACAAAGAAUCAGGAAAUACUAUUGAAAUGGUUUUUGUUGAUAGAGAAGGGACAAGAAUUCAUGCUUCAGUUGGAGAACAACUCAUCAACAAAUAUGGUGAAAAGCUACAUGAGGGAGAUGCAAUUGUCGUCCAGUUGUUCAAGGUCUUCGAUGCAAUUGGUGAAUAUCAUAUAAUUGGACAAAUCGUCAACUUUGGGUCGCUGGAAAACAAAAGCAUUAAAGGCAAAGAUAACAUGAGGCUUUUGAUCGAGCUACGUGACCAUAGUAAUGUCAAGAUCAUGUGUACUCUGUGGGGUGGUUAUGCUAAACAAGUAUACGACUACAGUAUGAGUAACAUGUCCAUUAUGAUAAUUUGUAUUAUCAGGUUCUGUUCCAUUAAAGAGUGGAAAGGGGUUUACUCCAUAUCUAGCGGGUUUAAUUCCACCCAAAUUUUGCUAAACCCAACGUGUUCAUUGGUUGAUGAGUUUAAAUUGUGUCUUCCUGAUAAUUCACUUGCUAUAACAAACAAGGAUAGUAGCCAAUGGAGUGUUGCUAGUGCUACAUCUGUUCGUGCCCGGUUUUUUGUUCUUAAUGAGAGGCUAACAAUAAGAGAUAUCGUUGACAGUACUCUGGUUGGAACUUUUGUCACCUUGGGGACUAUUGAAAACAUAGAUACUGAGCGUGGUUGGCAAUAUCUAAGUUGCAAAUACCACAACAAAAAAGUUAUGCCUACAACCAAUGUUGAUGAUGACAACCGUCCUUUGUUCUACUGUAAUACAUGUGAUAAAGAACACAUUGAUGUCAUUCCGAGGUUUAAAUUAAUUGUCCACGUUAAAGAUGAUACCGGUGAGGCAAACUUUCUUUUGUUUGAUGGCAAUGCUCAAGUGCUUAAUCUAGAUGAAGACUUGUUACCAGAAGCUGUUAGCGACCUUUUUGGCAAAAGAAUCCUUUUUGAGGUUUCAGUGGAUGCUGAUAACAUCAAAGGAAAGAGCUCUCAUUAUGUUGUUCGAAUUGCUACUGCUGAUCGUGAACUGAUUGAGGAAUUUGCUGCUUUGCCAGUUAAACAGGUUCUAAUGCUGCAGUCUUCAGAUGAUAUUUCUUCUGGUUCAGGUGGUUUAUCAGGAACUCCAUUGUCUAAAAGAAAAAGCCAAGAUGAACAACAAAGUAGCCUAGAUGAUCAACAUUCCGUGAACAAGAAACUUUUUCUAAAGAAAGUCAAGGGAGAGUAA